AAGCGCAGCAUGGGUCUGACUCUGGCUGAAGACGAGCUGUCGAAGCUGGACUCAGACGGAGGAAAAGACCCUCAGAAUCUGGAGAGGGAAUGUUGCUGCGCCGAAAACAUACUGCCCAAGAUAGAGGACAUCCUGUUGCCGUCACAGCCCACAGAAGAGGAGAAGUGCCAAACGAUGCAGUACGUGAUGCUCACCUACAUGAAGCACCUCGGGGUGAGAGUGAAGGAGCCUCGAGGCCUCGAACACAAACGAGCUCGAAUCAACUUCCUGCCCAAGAUCAAGAAGAGCCUAAAACCAGAGAAGGAGGGAGAGGAGAAAGUGAAGAAGCCUCGGUUUCCCAACAUCCUCGGCCCGCCUCGACGUCUGAGCCGAGUCGACUCCACCUCAG